AUGAAGAGGAAAAUCUGCUACGCUGCAGACAUUUCACCUCGAAAAUCUCAAAAACCAACCACGAUUUCAGUCAAUUGCCUAACAAACUCGCAUGCGUUGUCCCAAGAAGACCAGAUCUCGAAGCUUGUUGGGAGUCGCUCAGAACUACUUCAAUAUGAUCCGGAGAAAACCCUUUUGACAAGCUUGUAUUUUUCAGGUCUUUUGCAAGAUUCAAGAAGGGGCCUUGCAGCAACUCUGUCCUAUAAUCCGCAGCUUUUGACAAGGAGCUUGGAGAAACGGAUUGCAUCCGCUUAUGAUUUCCUUAGGAGUCUGCUUUCUCAGAAAAAUGUCGUUUCUGUUUUCAAGUCGGGCUCGUGGAUUUUCGUGGAAGGUCACUCCAAGAAGGUGGCGCCAAAUAUUGAGGUUUUAAGAGAAUCAGGUAUGCCCCAGUCAUUCGUUUCUCCGUUGAUGCUUCAGAGUCCCGGCGUUUUUAUGCUAAAGCCUAAAGAUCUUGGUCAACUUGCGGAUGAGAUUAAGCAAAUCGGUUUUAAUCUGCUGAAAUCAAUGUCGUUAGAGACAAUAAGAGCAUUGUGUGGUAACAAUAGGUCCAUACGUAAUCGAAAUCGCCAAGUUUAUAAGAGGUGGGGUUGGUCUGAGGACGAUGUUCUCUCUGCUCUCAGGCGGCGCCCACGCUGUAUGACUGUUGGACGUUUUAGUGAAAAAGAUGGGAUGGCUUGGCCGUCGGCAAUGAUUGGCAAUGGUUGGCAAUGGUGUUCCGUUGUUAAAGUUUUGUUGCUGAAAGGGCUGAUGCAGAUUGAAAAUGUGAGUUUGCUUUCUGUGUUGGUGCUGUCAGACAAGUUCUUCUUGGAAAGGUUCGUGGCCCGAUUCAUAGAUGAAGUACCUCCGUUAAGAGUUGAAGUCCAGGAAGGGUUAGAUAACAAUUCAUGUAUCGGUCUUACACAUAUGUCGUUCCUAUACCUUACUGCUAGGGACUGCAGUGAACCCAUUUACCGGUAA